UAAACUUUUAAAUCUAAGAUAACAGUUAAGUACAAAUCGAAGUUGGUUAUAUUAUUAGGUAUUCAGACCCGACCCAAAAUCAUGGAGAAAAUCCUAGAAAACGGGUACAAACCUUGAAUCAUUAGACAAGACAGCUUAACCAAACAUCCCUAUCUGGCCAUCUCAUUAUAGCACAAGCUUAAUUGGUACGGAGUAUAAACAACAAAAUAAUAAACAGUGACAUGGUCAUAUCCUAUUAGUCCAAGUGUCCUACUCAAACUUAAUAUCUCAACCAAAAAGUAAAAUAAAAAAUAAAUUACAAAAACAACAAACAAAAAGAAACAAAAGAAGAAAAUAUCACAGGCCCAUUAAAAAAAAGUUCCAAAAAUAGGUAAAUAGGUUUUCUCUCAUUGGCAAUUUAUCAAACAGUUACUGUGCAUUAAUAUCUCUGACUCAGUGGGUCGGUGACUCGGUCACUUUUAACUAGGCUUUAAAUUUUGUUGUAUUAUUGCAAAUUAUUUUUAUGUUUAUAUUAUUAUUAUUGCAAUUACCGAAUCUGAGUUUUUUCAACCCAAAACACGAAUUCAGGGUUCUUCUCUCUCAAGGCUCCACCAUCAAACAUCAAAGUUUAAAUAUUCAUCUUUUUCUAAUUCAUCCUCUUGGAUUCUUUUGGUCAUUGCUUGGUUAGUUUAGUCGAUUCUUGAAGACAAGUGUAACAAGAUGGAACCAAAUAACUGUCAUGAUAGCCACAUUGUUGAAGUCCAAAGGGAUCCUGUUCUUGAAAAGAGACGAUUUGGAGGAGGAAAUAAGUUUUGUGGGGAAGUACAUUGUGAAUUUGAAAAUGCUGGAACAAGCUCAGCAGAUGCUGCAGAAAGAUCAGCUUCCAUGCGGAAGCUUCUUAUUGCUGUUGUUCUUUGUGUUAUAUUUAUGACUGUAGAAGUUAUUGGUGGGAUCAAAGCCAACAGUCUCUCCAUUCUAACCGAUGCUGCUCAUUUGCUCUCAGAUGUUGCAGCUUUUGCUAUUUCCUUGUUCUCUUUGUGGGCUUCAGGCUGGGAGGCUACUCCUCGUCAGUCUUAUGGGUUUCUGAGGAUAGAAAUUUUGGGUGCCCUGGUGUCCAUUCAACUUAUAUGGCUUCUUGUUGGUAUUUUGGUUUACGAAGCUGUUGUCAGGAUCAUAAAUGAGAUUGGUGAGGUUAAUGGCUUCUUGAUGUUUGUUGUUUCUGCCUUUGGUCUGGUAGUGAACAUAAUAAUGGCUCUUGUAUUGGGUCAUGACCAUGGUCAUGGGCAUGGACAUGGUCAUAGUCAUGGACACGAUCAUGAUAAUAGGCACGGGCAUGGGAGCGAGCAUCUGGAGCGCAGUCAUAGUCAUACCCAUAGCCAUGGAGUGAUAGUGACUGCAAGUCCUUGUCAUCAGCAUACAGAAGCAGAACAUCACCAUGCUCAUGAAGAUAAUCAUGCUGAGCCGCUUCUGGAGAAUUCACAUGGUCACAAUGAGCACAACCAGAAAGAAGGUAGUGGGAAGAAGAAGAAGAGGAAUAUAAAUGUUCAAGGUGCUUAUCUGCAUGUUCUUGGUGAUUCUAUCCAGAGUGUUGGUGUAAUGAUUGGAGGAGGAAUCAUUUGGAACAAGCCCGAAUGGAAGAUAGUUGAUCUGAUAUGCACUCUUGUAUUUUCAAUUGUUGUUCUAUGGACAACUAUCAAAAUGUUGAGGGAUAUACUUGAAGUCUUGAUGGAAAGCACUCCUAGGGAGAUUGAUGCAACUAAGCUGCAAACGGGAUUGCUGGAGAUGGAAGAAGUAGUGGCGGUUCAUGAGCUUCAUAUAUGGGCCAUUACUGUGGGGAAGAUUUUGCUGGCUUGCCAUGUGAAAGUUACACCAGAAGCAGAUGCAGACUUGGUGCUGGACAAGGUGGUAGAAUACAUAAGGAAGGAGUACAACAUCAGCCACGUUACUAUACAAAUAGAACGUUAACUUGCUUGUUGAGGAUCUCAGAGUUCUUUUUAGCUACCCUGUCAAUUAAUAGUUUUAAUUUGGCAUUUUUAAUUAGCCGUUUAGCAACAUGUAGCCUUUUUCUAGGGAGCAGUAAAAUCUGCCAAGUCUUUUGGCUAUUGUACAUGCUAUUGCUAGACAUACAAUCCUCCCUAUUUCUUGGGUGGAUACCUCAUUGUGGAAGUUUAAAAAAUGAAUAAGAAACUUCUUUUUUUGCUGAUGUCCA